GGGGGGAGGGGGCCGCUGACCCGGAUGUUCACUCCUGGGCACCCGGGGAAGUGGAAGCGCCGGGCCCUGCUGCGGGGGGGAGAGCCACAGACGCCGGGACCGGGACUGCCGCCGCCGCCGCCGCCAUGAGUGACCAGCAGCUGGACUGUGCCUUGGACCUAAUGAGGCGCCUGCCUCCGCAGCAGAUUGAGAAGAACCUCAGCGACCUCAUCGACCUGGUCCCCAGUCUGUGUGAAGAUCUCCUGUCUUCUGUUGAUCAACCCCUGAAAAUUGCCAGAGACAAGGUGGUGGGGAAGGAUUACCUGCUGUGCGACUACAACAGAGAUGGGGACUCGUACAGGUCACCGUGGAGCAACAAGUACGACCCUCCUUUGGAAGAUGGGGCCAUGCCGUCCGCGCGGCUGAGGAAGCUGGAGGUGGAGGCCAACAAUGCCUUUGACCAGUACCGAGACCUGUACUUUGAAGGCGGUGUCUCGUCUGUCUACCUCUGGGAUCUGGAUCACGGCUUUGCCGGAGUGAUCCUCAUAAAGAAGGCUGGAGACGGAUCCAAGAAGAUCAAAGGCUGCUGGGAUUCCAUCCAUGUGGUGGAAGUGCAGGAGAAAUCCAGUGGUCGCACAGCCCACUACAAGUUAACCUCCACGGUGAUGCUGUGGCUGCAGACCAACAAAUCCGGCUCGGGUACCAUGAACCUCGGGGGCAGCCUGACGAGACAGAUGGAGAAGGAUGAGACCGUGAGUGACUGCUCCCCACACAUAGCCAAUAUUGGGCGCCUGGUGGAGGACAUGGAGAAUAAAAUCCGGAGUACGCUGAAUGAGAUCUACUUUGGAAAAACAAAGGACAUUGUCAACGGGCUGAGAUCUAUUGAUGCUAUCCCUGACAACCAAAAGUUUAAGCAGUUGCAGAGGGAGCUUUCCCAAGUGCUGACCCAGCGCCAGAUCUACAUCCAGCCUGAUAAUUGAACCGAUCCAGGUACCCUGCCUGAUGGGCAUGAAAGCCUCCCACUAAACAACACUCACCAACCUGCCGAGACCCGCCCUCCGGCUGUCUGUGCGCCCGGUUAAACCUUCACUAACCCCUGUGCGCUGUCGGCUGCUGAGCGGCCGCAUAACACGUCUCGGCCGACCUAACAGACACGUGUGUUCACGUGUGUGAUGUGUGGUGUGCACUGGACAAGGGACAGGGUUGUCCGGGCCUGACUUGGUGCCUGGAAGAGCCGUUGCCGAGGACUGACAUGUCCAGCAGAGGCUGCCUGUGUGCACCUGCCCUGAAGGCCCAGAGCCAGGCCUGGGCCCUGCCCUCUGCUCCCCAAUCCCCACAUGCCUCAGGGGAGUCCCUCGGGCCUUCCCAGCAGCCAGUCCCCGGUGGUGACUUGGGGACUUGGGGAGGGGCAGCUGACUUGGAAGGGGGCACCGUACUCUCCGAGGCUCAGGAUGAGUGCAGGGGUGGCUCAGUGAUGCCCCUCGGGACCAGCUGCUGCCAGAGUGGCUGGGGUGCCUGGGACAGCAUCCCUCCCCUCCUUCCUGAUGGAUGGGGAACUGGCUGAUUUCCCUUGGUAAUGGCCUAGGACCUUGACCAGAGUUUGUGAUUACACACAGAUGUAGAAAAGCAAUCCACUUUUCUCAGGAGAGGGCAGCAGGGCUCCUGAGGGCUCCCGAGGCCUCCGCACCUGGCCCAAAAAGGGCCCGGUGGGGGCACUUAGGGCAAUGGCCAGAGCGGCUGCUCAGGCAAGAAUGGCGCUGUUUGUUGUCAUCACAGUACCCCCCACCACAUGCAGCGCAGAAAGCCAGGGCCAGCGGGGCGCCUGUCUGCCCCAUAAACUCAAGGGACCCCUGCUCCUCACGGCCUUCCAAGUUUAACUCUGUCUCUAACCUGGUUCUGAUGCAGAGCUUUGUCCUGCGGGGUGGAGUUGGCUGGACAUAGCCCAGGCGUGGCAUGCUGCUACUGGGGUCCCUGUCUCCUGGGAAAGCCAGUUAUGCCGGGCCAGAGGCUGCUGCUCUGUCCAUCACAUCAGUCCCCAACUGUGACAGCUCCCCAGCAUGAGGCUGGGCACAGGGGACAAUGGGGCUGCCAUACUACCCUGUCUGGGUCACACAGCGGGAAGGCAGCAUGUGUCACCAGCAGGUGCCUCUGCCUCUGCACGUGGCUCUGAACUUGUCCAUG